GUCUUCCGGUGUAGUACUCGCAGUCUUAGCUGCUGUUAAAAUUGUUCAUAGUAUAAUUUAGUUAAUAUCCACUCAUUUAGCAUAGUGAGGGAUCACAAGAUACAGUUGUUUCAUAUUUAUAUGACUGCCACCACACAGACCUCGCCCCCAACUAAUCAAUUGCGCUUGCGGUUUAAUAAUUACAGCGCGGGAUUACACGUGUGGACAGUGUUUAACGACUGACGGUUUCAUGCACUGGAAAAGGAGUACUGAGCCUGCAACCAAUCUACUAGUACACAAGAACCCAGGAUGUUGCGGUCAGGAUUCUUCUUCAUAUCGCCCCAUACGUGACACAUCACCAUAUUAGCCCCCUGCUGGAGUAGCAAUGGGCAUCCUGAGAGCUGUCGCCAGCACCAUGGGCAGGAUCAGCACGUUCAGGUCCUAUCAGAUGGUUCUGCUUCUCGCAGCAGCGCUGGCCGUCGUAGCUUUCUACUACUUUGGGUCUGAGAGGCAGAACUUCUCCAGCACCACCAAACGCAUCAAGCAGACCCAGGCCAGUCACAAUGCCAACAGGAACGACGCCGACCUCUCCCUGGACACCAGGCUGGAGCGCCCGGGGGAGGGAGGAGGAGAGGAGGAGAGAGAGGAGGAUGAGGAGGAGGACGGGAGCAGGAGGAACGACAGCGGAGCUCACGGGGACGGCCGCUACCACGUGCUCAUGAUGUUCACCAAGGUAGACAAGAGCCGCAGCCUGCAGGAGAAGUUCCGCGUGGCCAUGUUGUCCCUGGUGAAACACGGUCGCUUCCUGGAAGGAGAGCGGCUGGUGCUUCAUUUUGUCACGGACAAGCUGAGCAGAGAGCUGGGGGAGAGGAUGCUUCCGGAACUGCUCCUGGACUCGACCUUUCAGUACGAGGCGGUGUUCCAUGACGUGGAGGAGCUGACCCAGAAGCUGUUCCCCAUCGUGGAGGCCAUGCAGAAGCACUUCAGCGCCGGCUCCGGGGCCUACUACAGCGAUGCCAUCUUCUUCCUGUCCGUGGCCAUGCACCACAUCAUGCCCCAAGAGUUGAAGCGUAUGGUGCAGUUAGACCUGGACCUGAAGUACAAGACCAACAUCAGGGGCCUCUUCCAGGAGUUUGGCCGCUUCCCUCCAGGAGCUGUGAUCGGCAUAGCCCGAGAGAUGCAGCCCGUCUACAGGCACACCUUCUGGCAGUACCGCAAGGAGCACCCCGGCACCAGGGUGGGCUCCCCCCCUCCGGACGGCCUCCCCGGCUUCAACAGCGGGGUGAUGCUCCUGGACCUGGAGGCCAUGCGGAGCUCCGCCCUCUACAACCAGCUCCUGCAGCCCGGCAGCGUGGCGCGCCUGGCCGACCAGUACCGCUUCCGGGGUCACCUGGGAGACCAGGACUUCUUCACCAUGAUCGGGAUGGAGCACCCGGGGCUGUUCCACCCGCUGUCCUGCGGCUGGAACCGGCAGCUGUGCAGCUGGUGGAGGGAGCACGGCUACGCCGAGGUGUUCCUGCUGUACUCGCGCUGCGACCGGCCCGUUUACAUCUACCACGGCAACUGUAACUCGCCCAUCCCGGACGACUGAGAUCCGGUCCAGACCGGAGAGAACCACGACAUGCGGCCAUGUUGGGGAGAGCCCAGAAGAGACGCUUGGAUUGAUCUCAAAUGGAAAGUUUGGAAUAUUCUUUGGGAUUUCUCUUGAUACUGUGUGCCCUUCUCUUUUUGUCAUUUUUGGGGGGCUGUGCGCUUCAUUUGCCCUCCUGUGGGCUUCUGUUGGCCUGUUCCACACACACACACACACACACACACACACACACACACACUGUAGCCCAUACACACGCCUGUCCCAUACACGCACACACACAAGCCUGUACCAUAUCAACACGCCUGUAACACACACACACACACACUCACUCACACACACACACUCACACAUCACUCACACACUCACACGUCUGGACCAAAGAUAGACUUGUGGCAGCGAGCUGCAGUGAUGAAUACACACUGACCCACUUUCUAUGUCCCUACUCUGCCGGCAUAAGGGACGAGCCUGUUCAGCGUUCACGCAGGAAGAGGAAGAACGAAGCUGACCUCGCACCUCUGAGAAUCCGUUUGACAUUCUGUUCAAAUGUGCAAAACUAGCGUCGAGUGAGUUUCUGAAAUAUGACACGCGUAAUUUAUUCUCAGAGUGCAAGCUUCAACCGUAUCUGCAAGGGUUGAAGAU